ACUUGACUACUAAACAAAGAAUCAAUCAUCUUGUCGCUCAUUUUGACCUACAAUAGAGCAUCCAAUACGAUGCCUAAUCUUAAAGCUCCCCCUUCCCCUCUCCCCUCGUCAUCCCCAUCCUCUCUCACCACCACCCUCACUACCGCCCUCCACAUCCGCCGCCAAAACUCCACCUACCGCACCCUCACCAUCCCACCCCCCGACUCCAUCGACUUCUCCUCCAAUGACUUCCUCUCCCUCUCCCAUAGCCCGCUCCUCCGCACCGCCUUCCUCUCCGAACUCCACGCCCACCCCGCCUUCCCCGUCGGCUCCGGCGGCUCGCGCCUCCUCGACGGCAACUCCCCGUAUGCGGAGGCGCUGGAGCGGUCGACCGCGGAAUUCCAUGGCGCGGAGGCCGGGCUGCUGUGCAAUUCGGGGUACGAUGCGAACGUCGGUUUGUUCGGCUGCGUGCCGCAGGCGGGGGACGUCGUGGUGUGGGAUGAGCUGGUGCAUGCGAGCGUGCGGGAGGGGAUGCGGUUGAGUCGGGCGGCGGGGCGGACGGUGAUGUUUCGGCAUAAUGACUGUGCGGAUUUGAGGAGGGUGUUGACGGAUGUGAGGGGAAAAGACGAGAAAGUAAGAGAUGGGAAGGCGAGCGUGUUUGUGGCGGUCGAGGCAAUCUACUCCAUGGACGGGGAUUUGGUACCGUUGAAGCGGGUGGUCGACGUCGUUGACGAAGUCCUACCGCGUGGUAAUGGCCAUAUCAUCGUGGAUGAAGCACAUUCAACCGGCGUCCUGGGCCCGCUAGGCAAAGGGUUGGUUUGUCAGGAGGGAUUGGAGAACCGGAUAUUCGCCCGCCUUCACACGUUUGGGAAAUCGAUGGCGUGCAGCGGUGCAAUCAUCCUCUGUUCUCCUCUAGUCCGAUCUUAUCUGAUCAACUACUCCCGCCCCGUGAUCUACACCACCUUCAUGCCCUUCCCCAACCUCGCCGCUAUCCAAGCCUCCUACUCGCUCCUCAAGUCGGGUGAAGCCGAACCGCUGGCCGCUCGAUUGCAUGAGCUAGUGCAGAUCCUCUUCCACCGCCUCCAAGCCCUUGCGGCCAAAUUCGGCGGCGUCGAGUCCCUCCAACGCAAUGGGCUGUUGACCGUUCCGUCCGAGAUUCCAGGCAGCCCCGUUUUUGCGCUGUUGACGGACCAUCCGCGGAGCCUAGCGACGCACUGUCAGAAGGCCGGGUAUAUGGUAAGGGCUGUAGUGCCGCCCACUGUACCGGAGGGCACGUCGCGGAUCCGCGUAUGCUUGCACGCCGGCAAUAAUGAGGAGCAGAUCGAAGGGAUCUGCUCGGAGAUUGAGAAAUGGCUCACAUCGUGGUGCGCGAGACUGCAAUGCGGCGAGAAGGUGACGCCGGAGAAGGACCGGCCGCGACUCUGAUGCUGGGAGCCGGCAAUUGUCCAUUUAGCGGAUUUGGAAAAGUGCUUUACGGAGUUAGAAAGAGUUCCCAUGGUCGUUGAGCGUA